CAUCCUUCUUCCUCUCCUCAUCCUGCCGUCCUGCUCGUCGAGCAUUUCUUCAUCACAGCCUUUGCCAUAUCACUUCACGUCACUUUUUGUUGAAGAAUACAUACGUAUAUAGACCUUCCCGUCUGCCAUCAUGCAGAUCUUCGUCAAGACUCUGACCGGCAAGACCAUCACCCUUGAGGUGGAGUCUAGCGAUACCAUCGACAAUGUCAAGACAAAGAUUCAGGACAAGGAGGGCAUCCCUCCCGACCAGCAGCGCUUGAUCUUCGCUGGUAAACAGCUUGAAGAUGGCCGCACCCUCUCAGACUACAAUAUCCAGAAGGAAUCAACCCUUCACUUGGUGCUUCGCCUCCGUGGCGGUAUGCAAAUCUUCGUCAAGACCCUCACCGGGAAGACCAUCACUCUCGAGGUUGAAUCUUCCGACACCAUCGAUAAUGUGAAAACUAAGAUUCAGGAUAAGGAGGGCAUUCCCCCAGAUCAGCAACGUUUGAUCUUUGCUGGAAAGCAGCUCGAGGACGGCCGUACUCUCUCCGACUAUAAUAUCCAGAAGGAGUCUACUCUCCACCUUGUCCUUCGCCUCCGUGGUGGUAUGCAGAUUUUCGUGAAAACAUUGACCGGAAAGACUAUUACGCUAGAAGUUGAAUCCUCCGACACGAUUGACAACGUGAAAACAAAAAUUCAAGACAAAGAGGGAAUUCCACCAGAUCAGCAACGUCUAAUUUUUGCCGGUAAACAGCUUGAGGAUGGUCGAACGCUCUCGGAUUACAAUAUUCAAAAGGAAUCUACCCUACAUCUCGUCCUUCGCCUGCGUGGUGGUAUGCAAAUCUUCGUGAAGACAUUAACCGGCAAGACUAUCACCUUAGAAGUCGAGUCGUCGGACACCAUUGAUAACGUAAAGACCAAGAUCCAAGAUAAAGAGGGUAUUCCACCCGAUCAGCAGCGACUGAUCUUUGCUGGAAAACAACUCGAAGACGGACGGACGCUUUCCGACUAUAACAUCCAAAAGGAAAGCACCCUGCAUUUGGUUUUGAGAUUGCGUGGUGGUAAUUAGGCGUAUCUAUCUUUUAUUUCGAAGGGUCGGCGCUUUCUUUUCUUACCUAGGGGCAUUCAAACCGGUAUGGCGUUUCGGUAAUACACCCAUGUCGGUGAUUAAACCACCUUGCAUUUUCAUGGUCGCAAUGACGUUCAUUUUGAUAACUACGACUCAAUAUGAUUGAUAUUUCGGACCCUACUUUUGUGCACUAACGGUUAUCUUUCAUGUAAUAUCGCC